UUUUUUAAAAAAAACUUCAAAUUUCUAAGAUUAUCGUGAUUCUCGACAGACUAGCCUUGAUCGCCCGUGAUCGCCUAUCGAAAACGAUCUUCGAUUCUUGAAUCUUGAUCUGUUGUGAAAGUCUUCAGAGGAAAAAUGGUUUCGUUGCAAGGACCGGUGGUUUGCCCUGCCGUUCGGAGCAAGCAAUUUGGGGUUCAUACUCCUCUGGUAAAUGGCCUUUUCCCAAGGGCAAGAUUUCAUACAAGUGAUAUAUGGGGAUGUAGAGGGAUAAUUGAAGGAAAUUAUAAGUCGCGUGCUUUAUUUCGCCAACUCGAAUUACGCAAGUGCAGAACCACGGUGCAGUGCACUUUCAGCUCGUCUUCAGAUGGGAAUGGAAGCACGGCCGAGAAUUUCAAUGAAAAUGAUGAAGAUUAUGUUGAUUCCAGUGUGCUUGAAGCUGUUGAGGUGAGGAGUGGAGCUGAUGGAUUUAUGGUCAAAAUGAGGGACGGCAGGCAUUUAAGAUGCGUCCAUAACAAUCCUCAAGGCGGACAUUUGCAGGAUUAUGCACCGCACCCUGCCAUCGUUCUGAAGAUGGAAGAUGGGACUGGUCUUCUUCUCCCAAUCAUUGUUUUGGAGAUGCCAAGUGUGUUGCUAAUGGCAGCAGUGCGCAAUGUCCAAAUUGCUAGACCUACUAUGUAUCAAGUAGUGAAGGACAUGAUUGACAAGAUGGGCUACCAAGUAAAGCUUGUCAGAGUUACUAAAAGAGUGCAUGAGGCCUACUUUUCUCAGUUGUUCCUUACAAAGGUGGGUGAUGAUUCAGCAGAGCCUGUCAUUUUUGACCUUAGGCCAUCUGAUGCCAUCAACAUUGCUGUGAGAUGCAAGGUUUCUAUACAAGUGAAUAAGUACUUGGCAUACAGUGAUGGGAUGCGAGUGAUUGAAUCAGGGAAGCCAUCAAUGCAGUCUCCAGCUUCAGAUGGGUUACUAUUCACCGAACAGGACCGGCCAAGUGGUCAGCAUUGUCUUGAUACGGAGGAAUUUAAUAUGGUCUGCAACUUAAAUGAGGCUAUCAAUCAGGAACGCUACAAGGAUGCUGCCGACUUGAGAGACAAACUUCGUAAGUUCCAGGCUCAAAGGAAGCUGAGGAAACAUACAUAACAGGUGAUAUAUACCAAACCCAAAAUAAGUUGUCCCUGGUGACUUCAAAUAUUGAAGAGAGUUAUUGUUGGGAGGUGAUAAACUAGAUGGUGGGAGACUACAUACAACAGUAACAGUUGUUUCAUCCUCUACCAAAUAUAAAAUGUACAAGUGAAGUCUGUGAAUAUUCAUAUAUAUGUAUAUAUGUACAGUACAAACGCAGUUUAAUAUUGGUGAUGUAAUAUAGGCACCUUGGUUUAUGCUUAUCA